GCUCGGCGGAGGGAGAUGGGCGGAGGGAAGGAAGGCGGGGCCGCGGAGGAAGAGGAAGAGGAAGGAACGCGCCCGCGUCACAGGCCGAGUCACUCAGGACCGCGGCCCCGGCACCCACGCGCUGCAGCGCCGCCGCACGAGCGCGGACCCCGGCCCGGCCAGCCUCCCGCGCCAGCGCCCCCUGCAGGCCGGAGCUGCGCGACCACCGCCCCGCUCAGGCCAGGCUGUGGCGCCGCCGAAGCGGGAGGAAGGCGCGGGCCCUGUGGCCGCUGCUCCCUGGUGAAGCCUGCGCCCUGUAGGGCUGGAGGACGGGUGCGAAGCUGCAGACUGAGGUUUCGUGGCGACUUUAAGCUUCUUCACAGAAACCCAAUCCUCAUGAGGUAGAGAUCACACCCCUCCUUCAUCAAGGAGGUCCUACAGUUCAAGCCCCAGCACUUGCCGGGAGUCCUUCGAAUUUGGAAUAAGGCUGGCACUCUGUGAGUAAGAGGAUAAUGGGCAAUUCGCUUUCUGCCUCUGGAAUGUGUGUCCUCCUUGAUGUAGGCUCAUUUUAAUCAGAUAAAUGGAUGCGGAAUAAAGAGUCAUGCUGUCUCUUCAGGGAAGAGCCCUUACAAAGACUGAGACACUACGUUUUCAUAGAGCUCUAUACGACAUAUAUAUUUAUUACUUUUGUGUGGGGGUUGUGUUAGGUCCCAAAGGAAACUCCAAUUCUCCAAACUCCAAAAGGCAGUGCAAACGUCCAAAAAUGGGCUCAACCUGGACUGCAGGAGGAUUUCUGGCAAUUAGAUAAAAGCCAGCAUUCCUCAGGAAAUUGUGAAACUGGUCCCCAGCCCCCUCACCCUCCACAUCAAAAAUAUUUUCCUUCUCUCUGGUGGAUGAGAAUACAGCUACCUGUGGUGGCUAUUAGCAUAUCAGAACCCACGUUUUCCUCCAGCCUCCCUCAGUACUACAGGUACCUGUUUUACAUUUCAAAGUCCAUGUUAGCAUCCUAACCCUUCUCACCUCCCCUCUACCCUAAAUUCCU